AUGAUGCAGGGCAUGACGUUGGCCAUUGUGCACUCAGAGGCCCCGGUGAUUCUUCAAUCGGACUCUUCCGAAGCUCUAUCAUGUCUGGCUACGGAUGCCCUCCAACGGUCUGCUUAUGGCCAUUUAGUGAUGGAGAUCAAACACUUAUCUGGUACUAGGGAGUUUAUUCCUCAGAAACUUAGUCGUGCGCAGAAUAGAGUUGCCGAUCGGCUGGCAAACUAUAGUCGUUCGGAGCGUGCUACUGCUGUGUGGCUAGGCUCGAUCCCUCCUUGUAUUGAGGAUGUAUGGCCUCUCGACCGUAACUCUAUGAUUAUGCAAUAA